AUGACCAGCAUUCGGAGGCUUAUUUUGUUCAACAACUUCGCCUUUGCAGCACCAUCGUUAGACUUGACUUUGAGGGGAUUUUGUACCCGCACGGCUGCGCUUGAUUUCACUCAAGUUCAAAUUACUCGCCUUCCCACUGUCGUCAUUAUAGGGCGACCUAAUGUAGGCAAAUCUGCAUUGUUCAAUCGUCUGAUUCGGAGGAGGGAAGCUCUGGUAUAUAACACCCCUGAUGAUCAUGUUACCCGUGACAUACGAGAAGGAGUUGCCAAGUUGGGCGACUUACGAUUCAGGGUCUUGGACUCUGCUGGCUUGGAAGCUGAAGCCUCUUCCGGUUCUAUCCUCCACAGAACGGCUUCUAUGACCGCAAAGGUGUUAGCAAGGUCUCACUUUGCACUCUUCCUCACCGACGCAAGAGCUGGAGUUCAUCCUCUUGAUCUGGAGGUUGGAAAAUGGUUAAGAAAACAUGCACCUCAAAUCAAACCUAUUGUUGCCAUGAAUAAGUCUGAGUCACUCUUUGAUGCCAAUGAUUCUCUAGCCACAGCUGCUAAUGAAAUGUGCCGAUUGGGUUUUGGGGAUCCUGUUGCCAUAUCUGCUGAGACUGGAAUAGGCAUGCCUGACUUAUAUAUGUCUCUUAGACCUCUCCUGGAGAACUACAUGCUUCGAGUCUCAAAUGAUAUAGAUGAAGGUGAUCACGAAAAUAACCAUGACGAGGAUGACAACCUUGAUGUUGACAAAAGCAAGCUGCCAUUGCAGUUAGCCAUUGUGGGACGUCCUAAUGUUGGUAAAUCAACCUUAUUGAAUGCAUUGUUGCAAGAAGACCGUGUUCUUGUGGGUCCUGAAGCUGGUUUAACAAGGGAUGCAAUCAGAACCCAAUUUGAAUUUCAAGGAAGAACAAUUUAUUUGGUUGAUACUGCUGGUUGGUUGCAGAGGACAAAACAGGAGAAAGGAGCAGCAUCCUUGAGCAUUAUGCAAUCAAGGAGGAGUCUACUUCGGGCUCAUAUAAUUGCUUUGGUACUAGAUGCAGAAGAGAUUGUAAAUGCAAGACGAAGUAUGAAACAUGCCGAAGUAGUUAUAGCCAGACGCGCAGUGGAAGAAGGACGAGGUCUGGUUGUGAUUGUGAACAAGAUGGACCUCCUAAGAGGCAAACACAAAUCAUUAUCCUACGAGAAGGUUAUGGAAGUUGUUCCACAAGAAAUUCAGACAAUUAUACCUCAGGUAACAGGAAUCCCAGUUGUCUUUAUUUCAGCAUUGGAGGGAAGGGGCCGAACCACUGUCUUGAAUCAGGUCAUUGAUACGUAUGAAAAAUGGUGUUCAAGAUUACCUACAGCUCGUCUUAACCGUUGGCUGCAAAAGGCAAUUAUUCCAUCAUCACUUUUUGUUAUGAGCAGACAUUCUUGGAAAGACCAAGCAGCACAGCCUAAGGUAAAGUAUUUCACGCAGGUCAAGGCACGGCCACCUACAUUUGUUGCGUUUGUGCGUGGGAAGACUCAGCUUUCUGAUACAGACAUUAGAUUCUUAACCAAGUCCUUGAAGGAGGACUUCGAUUUGGGUGGAAUUCCUAUACGGAUCAUGCAACGUUCUGUCACUAGAAAAGAUACUAGUGGAACUAACAAGACUAGUCAUUCAGCAGGUAGAGUGGUGGCUGAAAGGAUUGUCUCGGACAAGAGAAGUGUCUUGGUUGAAUAA